GUUAAAUAAAACAUUUCCAUUACCAGUCGUGGUACUCUGGUAGAAACCAAAAAUAGUCCAAUGGGCUCCCGAUGGGGAUGCAUCUUAGACCGACCGCGCAUCAGGCUUGGCAUUCGUUAAUAAUUUAUUCUCUUUAUUUCCUGUGUUUCUGUUGUAUAAUGACUCUAGACAAAACGACUGGUCUAUAAUCUUUCAGAUCCGCCGACUGGGCAACCAGUGAUAAAGGGAUAUACAUCUGGUAACCCAGUUCGAGAGGGAGACGUUCUAAGAAUGUCCUGUGAAGUAACUGGUGGAAACCCUCCGGUCUCAACCAUUAUCUUCACGUGUGGUGAGAUACCAACCAAGACGUCACAAAGCACAGUUGGACCUGCUGUAGUUAGAGAUAUACGGUUCACCGUGAAGAGAGCUGAUGAUAAUCAAAUAUGCCGUUGCUCAGCUAUUCACACAACAAACCAGUACAACCUCUUCAAAGAAACUCGUAUUUCUGUCAUUUAUUCUCCAAAUGUCACAGUGUACAGCAAAUAUAACAUACAUUAUAAUUCUGUGAAGAUAAUUUGUGAAGCGAAUGGUCGUCCUCCAGAGUACCACUUUUCCAAAUUCACUCACUUUUGGGGAGGACAGAAGAUCAGAGAGAUAGCUGGGAGGUUAGAGUCGCCAAACAGACAUGUCCACAUCAUCCAGCCAUACAGCUAUAAAGAUUCAGGAACUUACGAGUGCACUGUGUCAAACAACGUCACAGGUCUAAACAAUGUGACAGAGCAAACAGGAAACAAAACAAUUAACAUGCAUGUUCGACUUGUACUGAUGGAUACUUCAAAACAAAAUGAGACGAUCGCGGUUACCAUUGGACAAAAUCUAACUUUAAGUAAGACGAUAUUCUCCAAGAAUAACAUCAGUUCAUACAACUGGAUAAACCCGCAUGGAGCUACCACAAAACAUAACAGCGAGGUCAACUCUGUCGACGUGACCUUAAAUAUCUACAAAACUAGGGUCAGGGACACUGGAUACAGAUUCUCACUGCUGAUUGGUCGGAUCGAAGAGGAUGACCAUGGGUUACAUGUUCUCACCGUUUGUAAUGCAUUUGGAUGUGGGGAAUUUUACACAAAUGUAGUGACCGCAGAACCAAGCAAAGAAAACACAACCGUGCUCCCUGAACCAAGGAAAGAAAACACAACCAUGCUCCCUGAACCAAGCAGAGAAAACACAACAUUGCUUCCAGGUUUAAAGUUAAUCUGCUCAUGA